AUGGCAUCUGUAGCUUACUAUGAGCUUUACCGUGGCAGCAGCCUCGGGUUAUCCCUCACCGACACCCUCGACGAUCUGAUCAAUGAAGGCCGCAUCGAGCCCCAGCUAGCGAUGAAAAUCCUCGGGACCUUUGACAAGAUUGUCACCGAAGUCUUGGCGGACAAAGUUCGGGCCAGACUCACCUUCAAGGUAACUCAUUUCACGUUCAAAGCACUUGCCCAAUGGGCCAUGGGUCACCUGGACACCUACCGAUUCUGCGACGAAGUCUGGACCUUCCUGAUUAAGGAUGUCUCGUUCAAGCUGGACAACCAGACAACUGUGUCCGCGGACAAGGUCAAGAUCGUGAGCUGCAACAGCAAGCGGCCUGGCGAGGUGACAUUGCCCUGGCUUCGCGCUGAGAAUAGAACUCCUGUGAAAAAGGAGUCAACACCGCGGAAGCGCGUGAAAACGGAACCCAGUCCUGAUCACAACCUCACUCCCAAAAACCCUCGAGUUUCUCCCCCAAGGCGCGAUUUCUUCAGGUCCUCCCAAAGCCCGCCGACCUCUCCAAUCAGACGCUGUCCCUCCGAAGAAUUCCUGAUCGAAGGAAUUCAACACGAUGAUGGCUGGGUCAUGGUAGAAGACGAGUUCUACGCCGUCGCACAAGCAUUUACUCAACAUCUACACCAUGCGGAGUACCUGCGACGGAGAAAGCAAGUGAAAGCCGAUAAUGCAGCCGGGAUCGGAGAAAUUGAGAGGCCUACAGACGGCCGUACCCCACUUCCAAACGAAGUUGAACGGAAAAGGGAAACCGAAGCGCUGAGGGGGCGACAAAAAGCCGGACUUGCGCAGAUCGGACACGGAGGAGUCGACGAGAAAGAUGAAGCUGAAGAUGAUGAGAGAUGGGCUGGAACACAUCUCCAUGAUCUGAUGACGAGCCCACGAAAAACUCGAUCCUUAGCUGGAGUUCACGCGCCCAAGUCCUCUACUAGAGCUGCGGCGGGCUUUGGACAGGCGCCUACUUUACGUACUGGACGAGCCCGGGUGAGCAGUAUAGGGAGUGUGACUGCAACAUCAAGAGCACCAGAAGUUUCAUGCAUUGAACUAGAUGAAGAGACGGCCUCGGGCUCGGACGAUGAUGAUCUCGACCUAGAAACCAAUCCAGUCGUGCUCCCACCACCGAGAAGAACAAAUGACACUCCACGAAAAAGUCAGACACACGAUGAGACAACACCACGAGCCCAGCGGCAAUCUAAAAUACAAAUCAUGUCUACGUCAAAACCAAACGUGAAACCAGCACAUGGGCGGCCCAGUCCAGCGAACGCGUACAAAUCACGAGUUCAAUCGCUUUUUGAUGACCUUGAUGAACUACCAGAGUCAUCUAGGAUAAAUAGUACUAUCUCUAACAAGUCCAAGGAACCUCCUUCAAGACAUUCACCUGUGGCAGGCGGAAAAAAAAUUUCAGAUGCAAAAAAAUCCCGGCACAAUGAAGUGCCAACUUUCUUGAUGUGA